ACACCCCACCGGUCUGGGAUGUACCUUUCCAUCUGUUGCUGUUUCCUCCUAUGGGCCCCUGCCCUGACGCUCAAAAACCUGAACUACUCCGUGCCGGAGGAGCAAGGGGCCGGCACGGUGAUCGGCAACAUCGGCAAGGAUGCUCGACUGCAGCCAGGGCUUCCUCCCGCAGAGCGAGGCGGCGGUGGCGGCGGGCGAAGCAAGUCGGGUAGCUACCGGGUGUUGGAGAACUCGGCGCCGCACCUGCUGGACGUGGAAGCCGACAGCGGACUCCUCUACACGAAGCAGCGCAUCGACCGCGAGUCCCUGUGCCGCCACAACGCCAAGUGCCAGCUGUCCCUCGAGGUGUUUGCCAACGACAAGGAGAUCUGCAUGAUCAAGGUAGAGAUCCAGGACAUCAACGACAAUGCUCCCUCCUUCCCGUCGGACCAGAUUGAGAUGGACAUCUCAGAGAACGCGGCCCCCGGCACCCGCUUCCCCCUCACCAGUGCGCAUGACCCCGACGCGGGCGAGAACGGGCUCCGCACCUAUCUGCUUACGCGCGACGACCACGGCCUCUUCGCGCUGGACGUCAAGUCCCGCGGCGACGGCACCAAGUUUCCAGAGUUGGUUAUCCAGAAGGCACUGGACCGCGAGCAGCAGAACCACCACACGCUCGUGCUGACCGCUCUGGAUGGCGGCGAGCCGCCGCGCUCGGCCACCGUGCAAAUCAACGUGAAGGUGAUUGACUCUAACGACAACAGCCCCGUCUUUGAGGCGCCCUCCUACCUGGUGGAGUUGCCCGAGAACGCCCCGCUGGGCACCGUGGUCAUUGAUCUGAAUGCCACCGACGCCGACGAGGGUCCCAACGGCGAAGUGCUCUACUCUUUCAGCAGCUAUGUGCCCGACCGCGUGCGGGAGCUCUUCUCCAUCGACCCCAAGACCGGCCUGAUUCGUGUCAAGGGCAACCUAGACUAUGAGGAGAAUGGGAUGCUGGAGAUCGACGUGCAGGCUCGAGACCUGGGUCCCAACCCCAUCCCGGCCCACUGCAAGGUCACUGUCAAGCUCAUCGACCGCAACGACAACGCUCCGUCCAUUGGUUUUGUCUCCGUGCGCCAGGGGGCGCUGAGCGAGGCCGCUCCGCCCGGCACCGUCAUCGCUCUGGUGCGGGUCACUGACCGAGACUCGGGCAAGAACGGACAGCUGCAGUGCAGGGUCCUGGGCGGAGGAGGGGCGGGCGGCGGCGGCGGCCUGGGCGGGCCGGGAGGUUCCGUGCCGUUCAAACUUGAGGAGAACUACGACAACUUCUACACGGUGGUGACUGACCGCCCGUUGGACCGCGAGACACAGGACGAGUACAACGUGACAAUCGUGGCACGGGACGGGGGCUCGCCUCCACUCAACUCCACCAAGUCGUUCGCAGUCAAGAUUCUGGACGAGAAUGACAACCCGCCUCGCUUCACCAAGGGACUCUAUGUGCUGCAGGUGCACGAGAACAACAUCCCAGGAGAGUACCUGGGCUCGGUGCUUGCCCAGGACCCUGACCUGGGCCAAAACGGCACAGUGUCCUACUCCAUCCUGCCCUCGCACAUCGGCGACGUGUCCAUCUACACCUAUGUGUCUGUUAACCCCACCAACGGGGCCAUCUACGCCCUGCGCUCCUUUAACUACGAGCAGACCAAGGCUUUUGAGUUCAAGGUGCUUGCUAAAGACUCUGGGGCGCCCGCGCACUUGGAGAGCAACGCCACUGUGAGGGUGACAGUGCUAGACGUGAAUGACAACGCUCCGGUGAUCGUGCUGCCAACGCUGCAGAACGACACGGCUGAACUGCAGGUGCCUCGCAACGCCGGGCUAGGCUACCUGGUGAGCACCGUACGCGCCCUUGAUAGCGACUUCGGCGAGAGCGGGCGCCUCACCUACGAGAUCGUAGACGGUAAUGACGACCACCUGUUUGAAAUCGAUCCAUCCAGCGGCGAGAUCCGCACGCUGCACCCUUUCUGGGAGGACGUGACGCCGGUGGUGGAGCUGGUAGUGAAGGUGACUGACCACGGCAAGCCCACUCUGUCGGCGGUGGCCAAGCUCAUCAUCCGCUCGGUGAGCGGCUCUUUGCCCGAGGGGGUUCCCCGGGUGAACGGCGAACAGCGCCACUGGGACAUGUCGCUGCCGCUCAUAGUGACUCUGAGCACUAUCUCCAUCAUCCUCCUAGCGGCCAUGAUCACCAUCGCCGUCAAGUGCAAGCGCGAGAACAAGGAGAUCCGCACUUACAACUGCCGCAUCGCAGAGUACAGCCACCCGCAGCUGGGCGGGGGCAAGGGCAAGAAAAAGAAGAUCAACAAAAAUGAUAUCAUGCUGGUACAGAGCGAGGUGGAAGAGAGGAACGCCAUGAACGUCAUGAACGUGGUGAGCAGCCCCUCCCUGGCUACCUCCCCCAUGUACUUCGACUACCAGACCCGCCUGCCCCUCAGCUCGCCCCGGUCGGAGGUGAUGUAUCUCAAACCGUCCUCCAACAACCUGACUGUCCCUCAGGGGCACGCGGGCUGCCACACCAGCUUCACCGGACAAGGGACUAAUGCAAGCGAGACCCCGGCCACUCGGAUGUCCAUAAUUCAGACAGACAAUUUUCCCGCAGAGCCCAAUUACAUGGGCAGCAGGCAGCAGUUUGUUCAAAGUAGCUCCACGUUUAAGGACCCAGAAAGAGCCAGCCUGAGAGACAGUGGGCACGGGGACAGUGAUCAGGCUGACAGUGACCAAGACACUAACAAAGGCUCCUGCUGUGACAUGUCUGUUAGGGAGGCACUCAAGAUGAAAACUACUUCAACUAAAAGCCAGCCACUUGAACAAGAACCGGAAGACUGUGUUAAUUGCACAGAUGAAUGCCGAGUGCUUGGUCAUUCUGACAGGUGUUGGAUGCCACAGUUCCCUGCAACCAAUCAGGCUGAAAAUGCAGAUUACCGCACAAAUCUCUUUGUACCCACAGUUGAAGCUAAUGUUGAGACUGAGACUUACGAAACUGUGAAUCCCACUGGGAAAAAGACUUUUUGUACAUUUGGAAAAGACAAGCGAGAGCACACGAUUCUCAUUGCCAAUGUGAAACCUUAUUUAAAAGCCAAACGUGCCCUGAGCCCUCUCCUCCAAGAGGUCCCCUCAGCAUCAAGCAGCCCAACCAAGGCAUGCAUCGAGCCUUGCACCUCAACGAAAGGCUCCCUGGAUGGUUGCGAAGCAAAGCCAGGAUCUCUGGCCGAGGCGAGCAACCAGUACUUGCCCACUGACAGUCAGUAUCUGUCCCCCAGCAAGCAACCGAGAGACCCUCCCUUCCUGGCUUCUGAGCAGAUGGCAAGGGUCUUCGCAGAUGUGCAUUCAAGAGCCAGCCGGGAUUCCAGUGAGAUGGGCGCUGUCCUGGAGCAGCUUGACCACUCCAACAGGGAUCUGGCCAGAGAGCCGGUGGAUGCAGAGGAAGUCGUGAGAGAAAUCGACAAGCUUCUGCAGGACUGCCGGGGAAAUGACCCUGUGGCUGUGAGAAAGUGAAAAAAAAAAAAAAAGCAUUGGCAUUUUCUUGUCUCUUCUGUUGAUUUAAAAAUGACUCCUCCUGGUGAAAACUCCAUUUUACAGGGAUAAAGAAAGACCGAUGCUUCUUUAAGGCUUUUAGUGAACAUCUGAAGUGCCCACAAGUAUGUUCUUUACACUGCUGUUUCUUUUUCAGAAAUAACAAUGGCUUUGUUUUGACCAAACUUAUAUUAGGACAGAAUUAACGAUGUUCAAAGAGGAAAGAAAAACAGAGAAGAAAAAGGAGAGAAGAAAAAGGAGGAUGAGGAGGCGAGUUACCUUGUGACAAUCUGUUAGGAAGGUAUGCAGUGUGAGAAUGGAAGCUUUUUUCUCAUUGCCCUAAGACUGUCCUCCGUGAUUUAUUCUGACGUAACUGUUUACCUAUAAACCCCAUACAAAGCAGGGUCAUAAUUUGUGAUCUGCGGUAGAAUUUCUAGCAGUCACCACAGGCUUCUACUGAAAGUCCUGAAAAGACCUUGCAGUAGUCCAAGCUACACCAAACAUUAACACAUAUUUGUGGUAAACAUUUCUGUAUAAAGUUACCUGCCACACGUACAAACACAGAAAACAUUCCAUAUCAUUAGUCAAAAAAAACUUAAAAACUGAGUCAUCUGUAAAACACCUCAUGUCGUAUAAAAGUUAAAUGUAAAAAGGUAUAGUCCAUUUUGUCCUGCACACACAUAGACUAAUUCACUUCAUGAAAGAAGAAAAUUUAAAGGUUUAAAAUGCCUCUUUAGCAUUUUAGUGUCCAACAAACAUAUAAAUAAUGAUGGAUAUGUUUUAAAUUUGACCUAGAAAAGUUCUGAAAAAUAGUUACCAUUGAGUGAUGAUAUUCAGAGACAAUUAACAUGAAUGAUAUGUUUUAUUCAUUUGUGGACACUAAAAUAGCUCAGGAAAGCGAAAAUGUCUUAGACGUACACAAAUCACAUGACCAUUUAAAUGUGCAAAUGUAAGAAGAUUCAAUGUGUUUACAUCAAAUGACAUAUUUUUAUUGAUUUAUUGCAGAUUCAGUGCAUAUGAGCCAAAUUGUUGAGUGUAUAAGAGCUAUAUUGUGUAUUUUAUUAAAUUAAUAUAUAGUUGUGUUGCAAAAAUAUUUGGGCUUAUAUUGUAAAUGGCAAGUGUUGCCUUGGUAGCUGUCGAACUCUAUGAGUUUUGUUUUUUCCUGCUUCCAUUUCCCCAUGGAGUGUUGGAAGCAGUGCCUCAGAGCAAAGUCUCUUGUUUAAUGUAGAGUCUACCAAGUACUACAGUACAUAAUCUGUUCAAAAUGUGUUUGAGUGAGCUGAUGGAGCUAACUGAAAGGUCAAAAAUUACAUCCGUCAGUCAUGGUUAUGUGCAAGUCCUUCGUUGAAGCUUUUAUUAAAGUCAUGCUAAAUCACAAGAAUUACAUUUGUACCAAUACCUGAAACUUCAUGUUUUUUCAAUAGCAUACAGCUGCUGCCUAUGUAGAUAUCAUAUUGUUGAUUGGUUCUCAAAAGUAUCUUAAGUGGUUCAAGAUGUGUGUUCCCAUUAUAUUUCAAAACCAUGCAAAAUGCUUUAAUGCAUGUGUGGUACCAGCACUGGUUACUUGCAUUGUGUAGUGUUUUACAAGAAGUCUGGGUCUUAACAAAAAGUUUGCCUUUUUUUCAGUGCUCUUCUGCCUCUUUUUAUUGGUGUCCCUUGAGAACAAUACACCUUCUAUUCCUUCAUUUUGUUGCACCUUUCCUUGUGACAUUUAGCAUGUUUCAAACUUACUUCCAUAUGAGGCUAGGAAACCUCAAAUUUCAGGAAUUGGGGAAAAAUAAAAUUAGCACUUGCAGAAGUAGCAGUAGAUGGGGAAAUGCCUUGAUUGACAUUUUCCUUCAGCGUUUAAAAAUUUUUGCAUUUUACAGCUUCAUGACAAACAGUUUCCAGCCCAUACCUUAGAAAAUGUGGUGCUGAGUUAAAGGCUGUUUGUGCACGGGAGCAGAAAAAUGCAUUAUUUGCAAACUGGUGGAGAAUUCUGUGCCUUCUUUCCUGGCCACCAAGCCAGUGUAGAAACAACAUAAAUGUCAUAAAAUCCUUAUAUUAAAAAUAAAAACAAAACAAAAACAAGCACUGAAGUGAAUUCAGCUUUGUAAUUUUAAACCUCAAAAAAUCCAACUGAAAAUAUUUCCAUCAAAUGCUUUCAAGAUUUUAGACUGUACCUUGUUUGCAAAACUGCUUUGAAAGGGAAGAAUGGACAACUCCCAUCAGCCUUAUUCUCUUGAGAACUGUGUUUGGUUCCCAGUAACAGCCUUUCCAAAGCUCUACUCUUGGUUUUUAUUAUUUGUAAAUGUUUAAGUCAGAAAAGAAGGGAUCUUGUACAUGUGAAACCUAAUUGACUCUCUAUAUUUUGGACAAUUUAUGUAUAUGAAAUGUGUUGUCUCUCUUAUAUGAUGUUAUUUUUUGCCAGGAGACUACAGGUUGAUUUAGCUUGAUAGCUGAAAUUUGAUGGAAAACUGAUUUCCAUUUAGUCUUACCAAGUGUUGCCUCUCUCUUACUAGACAGAUAGCCAAGUAGUAAAAUCUAAGGCAGUAUGUAAAUGAAAUCAACAAAGAGAGUAGGAUUUAUUUUUAAAACGUUCUUAAUGCUGAGUAACCAGUUGUUCAAUUUAUUAUAUGCAUCUGAAGACAUUAAAACACUAUCAGAUUUUAAGAAUUGGUUGUGCCAAUGUGUGAGGGAUUACCUUUAGGGUCUCUGUCACCAGUGAUUUACUAGUGUUAGCUGUUUAACACAUUAUCUGUAUUUAGUAGUGAUUAUUUAUUUACAAGUUGGUGGUAAUUCAGCAGUCAAGACUCUAAGCUUUUAUAGUUGAGUUGAGGGAAUCUUGCUUUUAUUCAUUUGGCUGGCAACUGCCUUUACCACAGACCUCUGGUGCUCAGCUUCCAUGGAAGUCUAUGAGAUACCAAAAUUACCCCUUUGGGGAGCAACUUGCUCUAAGGGGUGAUGCAUGAUCAAACAGUGAUAUUUCAAGGGGCUUUUAUCACAAUUCAGAAUGUGAAAAAAUUAUCUUAAUUCACAUCCUCCAAUUACUAACCCCUCAAAAAAAUCCCACACAUUCAAAAUGAAUAAUAAUAUUGAAUACUUUGUCUUUUAGGUCCUUAAAUAACUGAAGUCAAGCACAGAAAAAGAAUUUAUAGAAAUUUUCAUAAGAAAGUUAAAGUUCUAAAAAUUGUUUACUGAUGAACUAAAAAAAAAAAUCAGUAACAAAACAAUUUUUUCAUUAAAUGUUAAUGAUGAAAGAUCUCUUCAUCAAAAUUAAAAGUAGUGAGAAUCAGUUAGUUAUACCUAUACCAAAGUAAACAUUAAAGAGACAUAUCAUGCAAUUUCAAAGAAUGCUUUCAUAUUAUUUCUUAACCUGACAUACUUAUCCUUACUGCAGGCAAUAUGCAAAUAUUGGCUCACUACUCCAUAAAUUAAUUGAAUUCCUGUUUGGAAAAUUGACGUGUUUUGUUUUUUCUAAAUUAGCUGAGAUCUUGUAAAACAUGACUUCCCUUUAAAGGAUCUAGGUACUGCUCAAUUUAAAAAAUGACACCAUAAAAAGUCAUGUAGUAAUAGAGCAGUAUGCUUUAUUACCACCAGGUUAAAAGCUGUUUGUUGCCUAAUUGACUAGAAGUUGCUGAGGUCAACAAGUAGACUGAGGUUUGGCAUAAUAUAUGCCCAUUCAUUACUGCCUAAUUAUAUUCUUUUGACAACACACAGCGUUUAUCGGAGCACUAAUUCAAAUGAGAGUUUUGGCUAUCAAGAUGUGUUGAUUCGAAACAUAAUUGAAUGAGACCUGAAUAAAGUCUGACUUUCCUGGCCCCAGUGUUUUGCAGGUUGGCUAUUCCCAUGUAUCAGCCCCAUCACUCCAUAAGGUUCUUAGCUGCACCAAGUGAUUGGUGAACAAGAAUAACAACAACAAAGCAGCAUACAUUGUAUGGAUUUAUCUCAACGCUAUUGUUUAAUGGCUGUGUUUAAUGUGACCUAUCUGGAAAAUGAGGACUCCGAAUAAAAAGCUAUUACUAAUA